UUUGGUGUGACGUCUCAUGCGUUUCCGGGUUAGAGUUCAAAAAAUAUCCAUGGCGGUCGCAUGCUUGUCUUAGGCAUGUUGUAGGAGUUUGAACCCACAAUAUACGCCGAAAAGCCCGCAGAAUGAAGGAGACACCUUUGUCGAAUUGCGAACGGGAUUUCUUGCUUAAAGCCAUCGAAGAGAAAAAGCGCCUGGAUGGACGGCAGACCUAUGACUACAGAAAAAUAAAGAUCGUGUUUGGGACUGACUUUGGAUGCUGCUUCGUGGAACUCGGGAAAACCAGGGUCAUGGCCCAGGUGUCCUGUGAGCUGGUGGCCCCCAAGGACAACCGGCCAAAUGAGGGAAUCAUGUUCUUCAAUAUUGAGCUGUCACCGAUGGCUUCACCAGCAUUUGAACAGAGCAGGCAGUCAGAGUUGUCUGUGAAGCUAAACCGACAACUGGAGCGAUGUUUAAGGAACUCCAGGUGCAUUGAUACGGAGUCCUUGUGUGUGGUGUCUGGAGAAAAGGUGUGGCAAAUUCGGGUGGACGUUCACAUGCUGAAUCACGAUGGGAACCUGAUGGAUGCUGCCAGCAUAGCUGCCAUCGCCGCACUCUGCCACUUUAGACGGCCUGACGUUGGCAUCCAGGGGGAUGAAAUCACUGUGUACAGUCCAGAAGAAAGAGAUCCCAUUCCUCUCAGCAUCUACCACAUGCCCAUCUGUGUCAGCUUCUCCUUCUUCCAACAAGGGACUUAUCUGCUUGUAGAUCCGUGUGAACGGGAGGAGCGCGUGAUGGAUGGCUUGCUGAUGAUUGCCAUGAACAAACACAGAGAAAUCUGCUCCAUUCAGUCUAGUGGAGGCAUCAUGUUGCUCAAGGAGCAGGUCAUGAGAUGCAGUAAAAUAGCCAGCGUCAAAGUGUCGGAAAUCACAGAGCUCAUCAGUAAGGCCCUGGAGAAUGACAAAGCAGCCCGGAAAGCAGGCGGCAGGUGCGGUUUUGCCGAGUCGAUGCCUCAAGAGCGCAUCACCGCUUUGAAAAAGGAUGAGACGACAGUGGAAAUGACAGAUGUGUCCCAAAGAGCUGAGGACAUCAUCCACAAAGCCGAGGCAACUCCUCAGACGAGUCAGCCGCUGGUGGUACCCGUCCCAGGUGUUGGUCAGGUAGGUCAGGGCUUGUCCAACAGCUGGGGGAUAGAGGAAGACGAACAGGACACGGAAGAAGAUGUCAAUAGCGAUGAAGAAGAAGAUGAUAAAGAAACAAAGAUGGAGGAUGGAGUGGAGCAAAACAAACACGAGCAAGGUGGAAAAGGAGAUGUGGUUGAAAUAUCAGACAGUGAGGAGGAAGAUGUUGUCAUACUUGAUCCAGAGACAGCAGACCCAAAGGAUAAGAGUACAAGUUCAAGUUCCCACCAGAAGGGGCCAGCAGCGUCAAAGAAAAUGCGCCAAAAAAUUAAAGGACACAUUUAAACUCUUCAUGACCCCAGUCCUGCUUCAACUUGACAUUACUUCCUGUUUUAUUUUUUCUUUGAAUUGGUUUUUGGUUCCUCUAGUCUGACCCAAGCUGUCCUAUCUAGUAGAGGUCUACACGGAGCGGCUGGCCCCACGGCUGGCCGGACUCCUCGGCUAACAGGGCGGGCUGAAGAAAUCUCAAGAACAUGGCCACGGCUAUGGAAAACUAAUAUAAAAAAAUAUUGAUAGCCUCAUUUGUUUCUUGAAAGGUCACCUAUAUUGACCAUAAUCCUUCCUUAUAUCAUCUUUUUCACACAAUUUAUACUAUCUUGAGCCGAAAAGAGGUAAUUUAAUAUUUGUGCUUGUUCGGCUGGACGGCUGGCCGCUCAAAUCUCACCACGGCUGUGGACGGCUGUGGCUGUCGUGCCACGGAAAAGCACAACUGUGUAGACCUCUACUCUAGUAUUUGAGCAUAAACUCUCGUUCUUUGGGAAGGAGGGCAGGCUUGACAUACAGUGCAUCCGGAAAGUAUUCACAGCGCUUCACUUUUUCCACAUUUU